GCCGGUAAAUGUUUGUUAUCAUGUCUGAGUUGCCCGUGGAUGAAUUCGAAAACAAUUGAGCUUUGUUCGUUUUUGUUUUUGUUUUUGAGUUUAGAGGCUAGUAAAAGAGUAAGACGUGGUUGAGGCUACUUAACCCAGCAGACGCUCACAAAAUAAAAAAAAAAAAAAUUUAAAAAUUCUCGAACAGUAGCAAAAGAUUUAAUUACAUACAUUCGUAAAUCACAAUAUUGAAUCAACUGGUGGAUAACUACAACUUCAAUCGUCCUUGAACCGAGCAGAAAUGGCAGGCAAAUUGAAGGCUAUUUUAUUUCUUGGGUCAACUAGAGAAGGACGUCUAGGAUUGAGAGUGGCAAAAUUCAUGCAGAAACAACUUGAAGAGAAAAACUUUAAUGUAGAUUUGUUUGGUAAGUUGAAAAUUAGGUAUUUUAAAUGUAUACAUUAUAAUUUAUAAUACACAAUCAAAUUGUAAAUAUAAUAUAAUAUAGCCUCUUCGUUAUCGUAUGAACUAUUCGCACUCAAGUUGAGACUCAAGUCUCCCAAGUCCAAGUUAGCCGGCACAUUCUGAACAGUAUGCCAGAGAUCGGGCGUGGCUUGAAAGUAUGCCAGUGGUCCCCAUGUUUAAAAAAAAAAUUCUUGACACUCAUGCUGAAGCUACGUUCCCACAAAUUAAAAUUUAACAAGUACACCGCAAAAUAGUGAAUAUAUUAACACAUCUAGUCCUAUAUACUUAGUAGGCCUACUUAUUUAUUUUCAGACCGCAAAAUUUCUGACUUAUGUCAAGUAGUUGAAUUGUAAUUAGGACGAGGAUGACUGGAUGGUGAUCAUCGCUAAUUUUCUCAAACUAAACAGAGCCACUACUGUCACCACGUGCAUGACUACUGGUUUGUUCCAUUGAAAUGGAACUUGAAAUAUGAAUUUCGUAACAUAGUUCUUGAUUCCCACGGCCAUGUGACUUGUGAGUCAAAUGGGGCUCCCUAGUCUAGGGCUUCACUAUGCACACCCUGGGAACCACUGGUGUAUUCACAAGCCAACAAUAAUAUUGACUUUGAGAAUAUCAUGUGCUGCCUCGGACCACGGCCUACGCGUAGUCAUAGUCUCCAUUAGGUGCUUUCUCAGAAAGAUAGAGCAAAAGAUUAAUAAGUUGUACUGUCAUUGCUUAAUUUAUCAAAAUGCAGCCGAAAGACAUAUUACAAAGGCCUACUAAUUAAUUUAGAAAUGGCAAAGAACUAAAAUAUUAGUAGCCCAUAUUUUCAGUUAAUUACAAAUAUUUGUCUAAUUUUAUAUUCGACUACCUUCUUAAUCUUAUUUGUCAGAAACUGGACCCAAAUCAGAAAAAAUUAUUAAUAAGACUAACAAGCUUAACCAUGCUUUUCUUUAAUGAAACAUUCCGUACUCCUUGUGCUUCAGAUCCUGUAAAGCUCCAGUUCCCAUUACUGCAGAAAAGUACUUUCCACUACCAGAACAGGGAAGAUGUGCCGAAAUGGAUGUUGGACUGUGAGGAAAAGAUAAAAGAAGCUGAUGCCUAUGUCGUGGUGUCUGCAGAAUACAACCAUAGCAUUCCUCCAGCUCUCAGUAACAUGUUGGAUCAUUUUCCAUUGAACAUAUUUGGCUACAAACCAAGUGCAAUUGUGACAUACUCUCCUGGUGAGUACUAUGACUAUGAUUUUAUUAGUAGAGAGUUCUUGUUUAAAGUGUCUAAAGCUAGUAUAAUUAUCAGUGAAAUGACUACACUAAACUCUGUGUUUACUAAACUAAAUCAUGUGUUUAUUUGACCUGAACAUUAAAGCCUGUGUUUACUACACUAACUAAUUUGAAUUUCAGUUAUUUUAAAACUUCAAACAAACAAGUCUUAAAAGAAACAUUUAUUUCUAAAAGAAAAGUUCAGGCUGUCAUAAAUUGUAUCAUUUUUUUUACUAUAUAAUAUUUUUAUUUAAAAAUGAUUAGUUCUGUUCAUAUCUUUUUUUAUUUCUUUCAAUUUCAAGCCAGUUGAACAUAUAUCCUAAUCCAAAAUUUAACAUAAAUCUCUUCAAUACAAUUUUAUCUCUAGGACCCUAUGGGGGAAUGAGAGCCGCCAUGCAGCUGAGAGUAUUCCUCAGUGAGUUGGGCACACUUAGUGUCUCAAAUAUAUUUGGCAUCCCUGAAGUCCACAAAGCCCUGGAUGAGGAGGGUACACCCUUAAACGAUCACAUGGUCAGUGGUGCUGACCGUCUACUCGCACAGCUUGACUGGAUGGCGUGGGCUAUGAAAAACCAUAGGGAAGCACAUGGUGUACCAAAGUAAGAAAUUAUCAAUUUAAAUAUUGAUUUAUUCACAAAAUUUAAAUCUGUAUCAAGAACAAUUUGAAUAAAAUAUGCAACUUCUUUGUACUUAUUUGUCUUUGAGAACUCUUGUUAUAAUAAUCUCUAAAUAUUAAUAAUUAAUAUGCCAUGUAAGCAAGUAAUUCUUUUAUGGAAUUGAAAUGUUCAGUAAUAAAUUUUUUUUUAGAAAAAUAGUAAUACUCGUUUAUUUCUUAAAUAUAGUAUUUUACGUUGUUUCAAUCACAUUUCAAUUAAAUUUAUGCUUGGUCAGUGUGCAUAAACUGAUAAAAAAAAAAUUACAACCAGCAUUAUCUUGUCUUGGCUUAUGUUUGAUCCUUUCAGAAGACAAUUCAAUUUUGAAUACAACUGAAAGGUUUCUGGGACAUUGUUAAAACGUAUUUAAAUAUUUUAAAAAAUCAUGAGAUGGCUCAUCAAAUUUGUCAAUUUGGACAAACUUAUUCAAUUGGACUGAUUUGUAUUAUUUUUUAAAAAAUUUACAAGGUGUAUUCAUUGCUCUAUUCUCAAUCGAGUAUGCAGCAGCCUAAUUUUUUCAAGUGGGUUUGAGAGGAGGCAGAAACAUUUGAAAUGACAAGCAAUGUUUUCACAUUGAAAAAAAUUUGUUUCAAAUCAAAUUUGUUUACCUGCCUAGCAUACCGACCCACUACUUAAAAUAAAACCUAAAGGCUUACAAAAUAACCCUGGAAAGUUAAAAUUCAGCACUGGGUGGAUUGCAAUAUUUGCUUUUUUUAUGUUAAAUAAAAAAAGUAAUCUAUUUUUAUUAAAAUAAAAGAAAUACAAAAAUUAUUGUUUUGCUUUGGUGAAUAUUUUUGAAAUUGUGAAAAUGUCCUAACUUUCCAAGAGUUUCUUUGAAUAAAGUUUGUUAUACUGUAUCAUAUCUAUUUUUAGUGGUGCACAAAACAGGGAAUCUGGCAAUAAUGAAUACCAUAUAGUUACAGUAUUCUCCAUUCACUGACUUUUUACCCCUGCUAUAUAAAAUCUAUACUUCAAUUGUACCACAGUGAAAACAGACCUCUGUCAAAAGCUCUUUGUUUGCUUAAAUUAAUGGGUUCUCUCU